CACUGGCCCCCCUUCGCCAUUUUGGAGUGUCUGUUCAGGGAGUGAUCGCCAGGUGAGGCUAUUGCGUGCGACAAGCUGAAAAUAGAAGCCACAAAAUGACAUGGCAAAGGCAAAGCGACAUCUCAGAAGAGCGAUGAAUGCUAUGCAUGCAUGAGCGUGUACGCACUGUACGUGUGCUUCACUGGCAGAACGGACUUGUCGACUGUGUAGACUGUAUCCGUACCUGACAUACAAUAUUCCGUCAGUGAGAGAUCGGCAACAUGGAUGGUUUCUCUCCUGAGUCGAAAGCGAUAACUCAUACGAGGCUGUCAAAGAGAUCGACAGGACGGUUCGAGAAUGCCGUUUCCAUGAGGCCACGGCGAUCACUUGGCUGCUGUGUUCAGAGUGUGUGUGCCGUGUUGCAAUUCUUCCUGCGAGUUAUGUUAUGCAUUGCUCUUGUCUCGUCAUUAUCACGCAGAGAUGGCAAAGAAUACAUUUAUGUGGCUAUGCUUAACCCAAUACGACUGAGGACAGACACUGAGGCAAACGGUAAUCGACUCAGAAGUGAAAUCAAGGUCACUGUCGCCCUAUUUUCCGCUCUCAAGGACUCCAUACAUCACUCACUAACAUUAGACCGAUGAGAGAGUCCAGACCUCAACCAACCUGCAGGGAGACAGGGAGACAGGGAGACAAUAACAAGUCAUGUGCACCGAUACGAAAAAGAAGAAAUGAUUCAUGCUGGGUGCUUCCAUGCAUGUCUCGUCCUUUCUUUCAUCACCGGUCUCAGCCUAUCGAGGUGCCUUAUGCACAUGACCUCUUGGCCUUUUACAGACCAGUACAGAAAUCUCGCGAUGCAUGCAUGUCCUGUAAACUUGGACCAAAACAUGUCAGAUCUAUCGGGGAUAAUAAAGAUACUGUACCUAGACUCCCCGGGGGGGCCAGCCAAUCUCCUUGAAACCGGAAUUCCAGAGACAAGUCAAAAAGAAACAUGCAAGGGCUUCGACUCGAGCUGACGUAUCAAAAAGGACGCGACAAAUCUGAGUUUUGCACAGCGUCAAUCGCACAAUAGCCGACUUGGAGAGCUGCAUCUCCUUUCCCCUGAAAAAAUGUUAUCUCUUUACUCUCCUCGUCGCUAGGAACUCAUACUCCGUCAGCCUCGUUUCCCCGGGGCCCUCGUUCCUUGGGUUCAGGGAUCUAAUCAUAC